AUGAAAACUGGAAUUGCAAUUUCUCUUUUAAUUCUUUUACUCAUUUCUUCUGUUCCAACAAUGCAGGUUCAAGCUGCCUCUGCCAGAGGUCUGGUUACUAGCCUUCAAUGCGCUGGGCCUCAUUGUCACAGCAGGAUGCCUCCUUGCACUCCAGCCGCCGCCGCCGCCGCCGCGACUACCGUCGUUUCUGCUACUCUCCCUCAAUGUACUGGGAGUAAUUGUCACUGCAGGAUGCCUCCUUGCACUCCAGCCGCCGCCGCCGCCGCGACUACCAUCACCACUACCGUCGUUUCUGCUACUCUCCCUCAAUGUACUGGGAGUAAUUGUCACUGCAGGAUGCCUCCCUGCACUCCAGCCGCAGCUGUGACUACCACCACCACUAACGCCGCUUCCGCUCGUCUCCCACCUUCCAAUCAUAAUAAUUAG